GUGUCUUGUUUUUCCAUGGCAGCCAAGCUUAGGAUUUGAAGGCUAAAGAUAUUUUGUGCCUCCUACUUCUCAGUGCCACAAGCCAAGGAACAGGUGUUGGACAUGACAGCUGAAAUCAACUGUGUAUAAGCUUUGACAGUGUAUUUAAUCACAAUUCAUUGUUACAAAAAGAAGAUCUCAAGAGACGAAAGACGCAAGUGGGCGUGUUUGGGGAUCACAAUGAACGAGCUUGGUUCCGAGAGAUCGAAGCAAUGGAACAUGUAUACUAGUUUAGACUCCAGUCCAUCUCAGACAGGAGCUCCAUGGAAAAGCUUUGGGAAUUCCAUGAAUGCCAUUUCUUUUGGUUUCGUUGCGACGGCUAUCUUGAUAUCAAUGUUUCUUAUCAUGGCAAUCUUUGAACACCUGUUCCGGCCAAACCCUUCUCUCUCUUCGCCUCGUGAAGUGAGGAACAGCUCUCCAGAAUCAGGAGUACUCCCACAGAAACUUGGGGAUCCACAAACAGCACCUAUGUCUUCUGCAUCCCAUUUUUCAGUGGUGAUGCCAGGACAGCAAUAUCCGACCUACAUUGCUCAACCAGCUCCGCUACCUUGUCUGAGGGAAGACAUUUGUUGGCCGUCCCAUGAACAUAAUAUUGUACUUUAUUAGCAUAUAUUGUUUGAGAUGAAGCACAAGAAAUCAUACUUAAAAGUUGACAGAAUGGAUUAGCCACUUCAGGAGUCACUUUCCCUUGUUAUCUGUACGCCUUUUGCUUUGUACGAACUCCUUACAGGCAAGAUGCCACAAACUACACAGGAUUUUAAUGGCUCAACUACAAGUCCAAGAUCUCUGCUGAGUAUGCAAUAUGUGUACAUGGUGAGAAGCCCACCCAAACUUCUUAUGUAUUUUGAUCUUGGACAAUAAUACAAAGCCCAGCAGAGGUUUUUCCUG